AUGGUAUUGUGUAGUGUAGAAUGUGUGCAACGUGUUUCACAAUAUCUGCGAAUACCACCUGGAAAUCUUUAUAUGUCGGAAAAUAAUAUAUUAGCGUCGGACGACAUUCUCCCAAAUCAAUGCGUUGAGGGCUUCAGCGCAAUAGUUCAAGCACUGAUUAUGAAUUCCACUUCUCCUGCUAGACACCUUGGAAGCGAUACAGAAAAACAGGCUUUGACACGACAAUGGUUGGAAUAUGCAGUAUUACGUAUCAACUAUGCAGACAAUGCGUUAAAUUCAAAGAGAAUUUUGAGAGAUCUGAAUGAUGCUUUGAAAAGUAGCCCCUACAUCACUGGUACCGAGAUGACACUAGCAGAUGUUGUGUCAUAUCACCUUCUGCAUGGGAUAGUGAAAGAUUUAAGUCAACAAGAAAAAGCUCAGUACGUCAACAUCUCAAGAUGGUUUGACAACAUCCAGCAGGACGAUGAAAUUCGGCAGAAACUGCAAUUAGUAAACUUUGAUUUGCUCAAUUUAUACUUAUGA